AUGUUAAUAGACGGAGUAAAGGUAAAGAAACGAUCCGCCUCUCAGCGAAUUCAGUCCAUGGGAAUCUUCCCCGGGGCGACAGUCGUGAGAGGAGCAGACUGGAAGUGGGGCAGCCAAGAUGGUGGUGCAGGAUCGAAAGGUGAAGUUGUGUCUAUAGAGGGCACAACAGACGACUCUGCGACCCGCAAUGUGGUCAGGGUGAGGUGGACGAAUGGACGUUCCAAUAUCUACAGGGUGGGAGCCAACGACGGUAAGAUGGAUCUGAAGUUUGUAGACGAAUGUCCCGGGACCUACUACUACAAAGACCACCUGCCGUGUGUGGAUGGAUCCCGUAAAGUGCAGAACGUGACAGAAACUGAAGACGCGGUUCUCAAAGAUGAAGACGCGGUGUACAUCAAAGUGUCGGCUGACGUGCUCAAAGCGAAGCAAAAAGAGCGAGUCGGUUGGACUGGUGGCAUGGCUGACUGCAUUGGCAAGCGGGGCGUUAUCAAGGGUUUCACGCCAUCGGGGGAUGUUAUGGUGGACUUUGAUGGAUUGAGGUUUCGAUUCUUUCCGGGAGUGCUACAGAAGGUGCAGACGCUGUCGGUGGGUGACAUUGUCCGCAUCAGCACUGAUGUCGAGAUGGUCAAGGUCAUGCAGAAGUCGUGUGGUGGAUGGGUACAGAGGAUGAGUCAGGUGUUAGGAAAGUGCGGGAAAGUGAUUAAAGUGGAUUCAAAUGAGGGCGUGGCAGUUGCGUUUGGUCAGAUGACGUGGGUGUUUAACCCCGCCUGCUGUACUCUGGCGCCGGGAAACGAAAUGGAUGACGUAUGCACUACCGAUAGCAGCAGCAGCAGCAACGAUAGUAGCGGAAGUAGUAGCAGUUCAAGUGGAUCCGGUCCAGAAGAAUUAAAAGACAUGCAGCAGCAUCUACUGAGUAUGUUGGCGGGUCUGAUGGUUCGUAGUGAUCUCGGUCUCGGCGCAACUCUCAACUCUGACGUCCUCUAUCUGGCCAUCGUCAAGGGAGACGCAAAUCUCGUCAGAACUAUCGCCAAGAGUCAACCCCGUCUGGUGAAUGAAGAACACAAGACUGUGACUCCUCUGAUAAUCGCCUCAAAGGAAGGACAGAUGGAGAUCGUGAAGAUCUUACUAGAGAAUGGUGCGCGGACAGAAGCCACGGAUGAUAAAGGAAAUACGGCUCUGUGUUAUGCCUUAAAUGGGAAAAAGGGAGACGUUGCCAAACUGUUGCUGGAUAAAGGCGCCAAAGCCAACGUGUCCAACAACCACGGCCGAACCCCACUUCACUUCGCUGCCUACGACAACAUCCCCGGCGUGAUGAAACAGCUCAUACAACAGGGGUGUCCCGUCAACGCACAGGAUGAUACCGGGGAUACAGCUCUGCAUGACGCCAUUCAGAAGGGUCACAACGAUUGUGUGGACAUUAUGUGCCGGGCAGCCGAACUUGACCUCACUGUCAGCAACAAGAAAGGUUUCAACCCUCUUAUGCUUGCCGCUCUUCGCGAUAAUUCAUAUGCUGUUGAAAGAAUUCUUCAAAAGGAUAAGUCGACGGCGAACUCUCAGAAAAACGAAGAUAAAUACGCGCCUCUUCACAUCGCCGCUGUCAAUAAUCACGUGAAGUGCGCCCGACUCCUUAUUGACAAGGGAAACGCAGUGCUGGACAUAACGGAUAAUGAUGGAGUAACACCAUUACACCUGGCCUGUCACGAAGCUUACUACGACACUGUGGAGCUGUUGAUGGACAACGGAGCAAGAACUGAUUUAAAAGACAAGAAUGGCAACACCCCUCUCCAUCUUGCUGUAGCGAUCACAAAGGGCAGUACUGCUAACUUGCUGGCUGCUCUGCUUGGUCAGAAUUCGAAUGAUGACGACGAGACUCGAGUGAGGAUCGCUUGCCUCCUCCUGAAGAAAGGGGCCGCUCAUGACGCUAAAAACAGACGAGGGAAGACUCCACUCGAAAUAGCUAAAAAUGACAGAAUUCGCCGCGGUGUUGAGCUCUACAUUAAGUCAAACACUGGAGUGUCAUCAUCAUCAUCAUCAUCAUCGCCGUCAUCACCAUUGGCUGAAGCGUCAGACUUGCUAGGGGCGUUGAAUCUGAAGCUGCCGUGUGCCAAGUGUCUGUCCACGAUCUCGGACAUCACGGUGAAGCCGUGUGGACACAAGGUCCUGUGCCGGGAAUGCUGCCUCAAGGUGGAGCGGUGUCCAAUCUGUGAAACCUUCAUCGAGCGGCGAAUAGCAGCUUCCAAAGAAGAACUGGAACAGCCAUGUAAAGUCCAGUAAAAAAAAAAAGAAAAAAAAGAAGAGAAAAAUACAGGGCACACGGAAAUGCAGGUUGCCUUGCACUAAAUCUUGGACUUCAGUGUCAAAGGUCGCAAUGCGUUGUUCAAAUAUUUACUGUGAAAACAAUUGCAUCUCCUAUUGGUGGAAACACAUGACAAUGUUUAUUUAUGCGCAUUGUAUUAACUGUCAUCUAGCGUGCCCUCCCUGUUAUUUGUUUUGGAAUACUCUCAUAAUAUACCAUGCGAACCUUUUACCUACCAGCCUUAUGUCCGAUGGCUUAACCACGACAUCACCGAGGCCGGAAUUGAAAUUGAUAUCCGCGUAUCUCAGUGUUUUUCAUUAUAAAAAGCGGGUCUGUUUUAAACGGGAAAAAUGUACUGUAGUGUUAGUGCUUUGCUCAAAUAAAGCCAUCAUAGAAUAAGACGACGAUACUAGUAUAAUCAGGCGCAUGUGCAGGAAUGUAUACAGGGUGGUGUGGGGGUGAAGAGUCUAGCGGGCGAAGGUUAUAGGGGAUCGAGCUGGGAUUCCCCAGAAAAUAUAUUGAUUUUUUUUAGAGCAGCUCCCCCUCCCCCCCCCCCCCCACCCGGAAA